AGUAGUGGCGGGUGUGUGAGUGUGUGAACAACGAGGGCAUCCCGGCUUCUUCCUCCUCCACGACUGUGCUUCAUCUUACCCGGCAGGGUCCCGCAAGCAGAAGUGAGCUGCGGUGACCUCGCGGCAAGAUGGCCUUCGGCGGGUUGAAGACAGCGGUGGUGACGGCUGUGCUACUCACCACCUCCUUACUCAUCUUACACCCAGUGUGUGGUGAUAAUCCAUCCUACACAGAGUGUCGUCCUCACAUAGAUGCCACCAUCCGCGACCUGGCAGCCAAGGCCAUCUUCGCCGGGGAAGUGCCCUCAGACGACCUUGGCUCCCAGGAAUACGACGAUGCCGUGACUGAAGCUGCACAUGUUGAAGAGUCAUUACCAGUCGAACCCACCAAACCAUCUCUAGAACCAGAGCCUGAAGCACCGUCAGAAUCGGAAGAACCUCUGGCGCCUGAAGAACCUCCGCCGCCUGAAGAACCCAAACCUGAAGAGGUUGUUGAACCAGCAGCACCUGCUGAGCCAGAAGCACCUGUUGAGCCAGAAGCACCAGUUGAGCCAGCAGCACCUGCUGAGCCCGUGGCACCCGCCGAACCUGAAGUUGUAGUUCUUGAAGAGCCAGCAGCAGCUGAGGUGAAGCCUGGGCCCAUUGUUGAGGCUGCUGCUGCCCCAGUGGUGGAGGAGGCGCCGGCAACAGUGGAGAACGUGAAAGCCGAAGAUGAUGAGGUAACGCCCGUAAAAGAGGCAAAGAAGAACAACAAUAAACAAGGCAAAAAGAAAAAACAGAGAAAGGUAAGGAAAACGGUAACUGAUAAGACACCUGAUGAUGAGGAAGAACAGAUGGAGAAAGUUACGGAUGAGGAAUUAGAAAAGGAAGAAGGGAAACAAGAGACAAUGGACGAACAAGAAUUAGGAAGUAAUGUUCAGGAAGAACUUCAAAAAGAUGAAGAGAUAAUUAGUGAAAGUAAAGAAGCUGAAAAUCAGGAGGAGGUUGUCGAGGAUGAGGUAAAGGAGGAAGCUCUCGAGGCUGAGGUCCAGGAAGAUGUCGAGGAUGAAGUAAAGGAGGAAGCUCUCGAGGGUGAGGUCCAGGAAGAUGUCGAGGAUGAGGUAAAGGAGGAAGCUCUCGAGGAUGAGGUCCAGGAAGAUGUCGAGGAUGAAGUAAAGGAGGAAGCUCUCGAGGGUGAGGUCCAGGAAGAUGUCGAGGAUGAGGUGAAGGAGGAAGCUCUCGAGGAUGAGGUCCAGGAAGAUGUCGAGGAUGAGGUGAAGGAGGAAGCUCUCGAGGAUGAGGUCCAGGAAGAUGUCGAGGAUGAGGUGAAGGAGGAAGCUCUCGAGGAUGAGGUCCAGGAAGAUGUCGAGGAUGAGGUGAAGGAGGAAGCUCUCGAGGAUGAGGUCCAGGAAGAUGUCGAGGAUGAGGUGAAGGAGGAAGCUCUCGAGGAUGAGGUCCAGGAAGAUGUCGAGGAUGAGGUGAAGGAGGAAGCUCUCGAGGAUGAGGUCCAGGAAGAUGUCGAGGAUGAGGUGAAGGAGGAAGCUCUCAAGGAUGAGGUCCAGGAAGAUGUCGAGGAUGAGGUGAAGGAGGAAGCUCUCGAGGAUGAGGUCCAGGAAGAUGUCGAGGAUGAGGUCGAGGAUGAAGCUCUCGAGGAUGAGGUCCAGGAAGCUCUCGAGGAUGAGGUUAAAAAAGUCGAGGAUGAGGUCGAGGAGGAAGCGCUCGAGGAUGAGGAAUUAAAGGAAAAUAUUAAGGAUGAGGUCCAGGAAGAUGUCGAGGAUGAGGUCCAGGAGGAUGUCGAGGAUGAGGUCCUGGAAGAUGUCGAGGAUGAGGUCCAGGAAGAUGUCGAGGAUGAGGUUAAAGAAAUUGACGAGGACGAAGACCAAAGUGAAACUGAAGAAGCUGUAGAUGAGGUAGAGGAAGAAGAAGAAACUGAGGCAGAUAAGGAGAAUGAAACAGAAGAAGAUAAUAAUGAAGAUGAUAUUGAUGAUGAUGUUAUUGAGCAUAUGGAAACAGCAGAAGACUUGAAGACAACAGAAGAAGAGAAACACACUGCUCCAGUUGAGGAAAAGCCGAUUGUACAAGUUCCUAAACCAAAGAAAGAAGAAAAAGUUCUAGGUGUAAUUGACAAGAUCGUCGUCGCCAUCUUCGGUGUAUCGAUAUUAGAGGAACGAGAUCCAAAGUGGACAGAACCCUGGCAGACACACGAGGAGUUCAAGAAGAAGAAGGAGGUCGUCGAGGAACCUAAAGUAACCAAAAUCGACAGGUCAAAAGGUGGAAUUAUUCAUAAGUUCAUUACUAUCUUCUUUGGGGAACCAACAAAAGAACGUGAUGCCAAGUGGACAGAACCUUGGCAAACACACAAGGAACACAUCAAGAAGCCUAAACCAGCUGAAGAACUCAAAGAGAAGAAAGUUGUUGUUACAACUGGAGGACUCAUUGAUUCUUUCGUCAAACUUUUCUUCGCUGCCCCACCAGAAACUGCCAAGCGUGAUCCUAAAUGGGCUGAACCUUGGCAAACACACAAGGAACACAUCAAGAAGCCAAAGCCAGUUGAAGAAAUCAAAGAGAAGAAAGUUGUUGUUACAACUGGAGGACUCAUUGAUUCUUUCGUCAAACUUUUCUUCGCUGCCCCACCAGAAACUGCCAAGCGUGAUCCUAAAUGGGCCGAACCUUGGCAAACACACAAGGAACACAUCAAGAAGCCUAAGCCAGUUGAAGAAAUCAAAGAGAAGAAAGUUGUUGUUACAACUGGAGGAAUCAUAGAUUCUUUCGUCAAACUUUUCUUCGCUGCCCCACCUGAAGCUGCCAAGCGUGAUCCCAAGUGGGCCGAACCUUGGCAAACACACAAGGAACACAUCAAGAAGCCUAAGCCAGUUGAAGAAAUCAAAGAGAAGAAAGUUGUUGUUACAACUGGAGGACUCAUUGAUUCUUUCGUCAAACUUUUCUUCGCUGCCCCACCAGAAACUGCCAAGCGUGAUCCUAAAUGGGCCGAACCUUGGCAAACACACAAGGAACACAUCAAGAAGCCUAAGCCAGUUGAAGAAAUCAAAGAGAAGAAAGUUGUUGUUACAACUGGAGGACUCAUUGAUUCUUUCGUCAAACUUUUCUUCGCUGCCCCACCAGAAACUGCCAAGCGUGAUCCUAAAUGGGCCGAACCUUGGCAGACACAUAAGGAACACAUCAAGGGCAAAGGUGUUUCGGCUAAGCUAGUACCAGCAGCAGCUCCUGCCCCUAAGCCUGAACCAGCCCCAGUUCCAAAAGCAGAGCCUGCUCCUGUACCAAAAGCAGAACCUGCUCCUGCGCCAAAAGCAGAACCUGCUCCUGCACCAAAAGCAGAACCUGCUCCAGUUCCAGUAGCAGAGCCAGAACCUGUCGUCAAGGAACCUCCUGUGGCAGAGGCAACGUUUCCUGCUGAGGAAGUGGCAGGUAAACACGAAGAGGUCGACGACGAAGAAGAUGAGGAAGAAGAAGAGGAAAUUGACACAGAUGAAGACGUAGAAGAAGUUGACGAAGAUGAAGAAGAGGAAGAACUUAUUGAUGAUGAUAUUGAUGAAGUCGAGGAGGAGGAUACCCAAGACAUUGAUGAUGGAGUUGAAGAUCCCAUUGAGGACACCGUCGAUAGUGAUGAAGCUACUGACGAUGAAGAUGACGAAGAGUUAGAGACAGAUGAUGAUGUAGAGACUGAUGAAGAGGAGGAACUCGCCCAUGACGAAAUUGACGAAGCCUCAGCGGAAGAUACUGGUGAUGAGGCUGAAGAAGUUGAGGAAGAAACUGAGGAAGCUGAAGAAGAUGAGGAAGAUGAGGAAGAUGAGGAAGAUGAAGAAGUUGAAGCUGAAGAAGUUGAAGCUGAAGAAGCUGAGGAAGUUGUGGAAGAUGAAGCUGAGGAAGUUGAAGCUGAGGAAGAUGAAGCUGAGGAAGCUGAGGAAGAAGCUGAAGAAGCUGAGGAAGAAGCUGAAGAAGAUGAAACUGAGGAAGAUGAAGAAGCUGAGGAAGUUGAGGAAGAUAAAGCUAAGGAAGUUGAAGAUGAAGAAGCUGAGGAAGUUGAGGAAACUGAAGACACAGAGGAAGCUGAGGAACUCGAGCCAGAGGAGGAGGAGGAACUCGAAGUAGAGGAAGACGAGACAAUGACAGAUGAGGAACUUGAAUCUGAUGACGAUGAAGGUCUUGAGUCAGAUGAUGAAGGUUUUACCACAGACGAAGACGAAGACGAAGACGAUGACGAUGACGAACUCGAGGUUGAGGCAGACAAGGGAGAGGUUGACGAGGGAAUUGAUGUUGAUAGUUCUGACGGCGAAGGUGGCGAUAUUCGGAGAGAUUUUGAGACUGGUAGUGAUGAUGAGGGUGAAGGAGUUGACGAGGAAGAGAUCACAGAGAGAGACGAAGACACAAGAGACGAUGAAUCAGAUGACGAUGAAGCGGCAGCAGACGAAGACGAGGAUGAUAAAGCAAGACUCAGCCCAGACGACGAAGGUACAGGUGAAGCUCUUAAGGCAGCCUCCGUUGAUGCCAAACCAGUGGCUGACGCCCCCAAAGCCCCCGAGCAGCAGGUACUGGUGGAAGAAGCACAGACACAACAAGUUCCUCCGCCAGCUCUACCGAAGGAGGAGGAGGAGGAGGAGGAGGAGGAAGAACAGAUAGUGGUUGUACCUUCCUCCUUCCGCUCCCGAGACCGUCUGGAAGCCAUCUUGGGCCUAGACGAGUCCUCACGAGACACAGCCGCCCGUACAGACCCCAUCGCUGACGCCACCCUGAAGGAGCUUAAGAACAUCUACGAAACCACCAUCAGGCCCCUGGAGAUGCUCUACAAGUACCAGGACAUCUCCAAUCGUCAUGUGUCCGACGCUGAGCUCUUCGGCACCCCGCUCAUCCUGCUGGUGGGUCCUUACUCUACAGGCAAGUCCUCCUUCAUCAACUACCUCUUGGGCGUCGAGUACACUAAGCGAGCCCUCAAGACAGGGACGCCACCAAGUCACGGGGCGUUCCGGGUGGUGCAGUAUGGAGAGAAGGACAGCGAACUGGACGGCACCGACCUCAGCGCCCACUGGUCCUUCACCUCCCUUCAGAAGUUCGGACAAAACUUCAUUGAUCAGUUUACCGGCAAGGCCCUCAACGUCCCUCUACUGAAGAAGGCGACCUUCGUGGAAGCUCCGGGUAUCUUGGAGAUGCGACGACCAGGGGAGCGACUAUACCCCUACAACGAUGUCGUUCAGUGGUUCAUUGACCGCGCCGACUUGAUCCUCGUCAUGUUCGACUACACCAAACUCGACGCUGGCUACGAGCUGGAGGCUAUCUUGGACCAACUAAAGGGACGCGAAGCUCAGACCCGCAUCCUACUGAACAAGGCUGACCAGGUACCAGCCGAGGAACUCAUCAAGGUACAAGGCUCACUCUUCUGGAACCUGAGUCCUCUUCUGGGAGUCUCCACGCCGCCCACAGUCUAUGCAGGCUCCUUCUCUUCCAAGCCUUACCGGACUUCCUCUCCAGCUCGUCUCUUCCAGGCCCAGGAAGAAGCACUGCUCAGCGAUAUCGCCCUGGCUGUGAACUCUCGUGUUGACAACCGCAUCGCUAUCGCCCGCAGACACGCGGUGCGUGUGAGGAACCACGCCCAGAUGGUAGACACCUACCUCACCACCUACUACAAGAACAAGGGAUUCCUCACCAGCAAGCAUAAGCUGGUGGAGGACAUCACCGAAAACCCUCACACCUACAACAUCUACGAGGGCGUCAGCAUGUUGACCAAUAUCUCUCGCUACGAUCUCCCUGACCCGGAAAUUUACAGGGACUUCUUCAGGGUGCACAGUUUGUUCGACUUCCAGACCCUGAAGGGGACGUGCUCGUUCUUCCGCGGGUGUCCCCUCACCAAGAUAGACGCCGCCAUCAGCAGUGACCUGCCGGAGCUGCUCGACCGUUACCGUCGCCUACUGGAGGCUGCCGCCUCUGCUCCGACACCCAAAUCCAAGGGCGCCACCCCCGUGCCCGUCCCGCCCGUCAGAGGCUCCGUUCCCGCCGCCGCCACCGCUCGUACCUCCUGAGCACCUUGCGUCACGCCCCCGCACGCCCGCAGCUCUUGCAGAGGCGCGGGGGCGCAGCACAGCUGAAUUUUGUGUGAUAUUAAAACUGGAGACGCGACUGGCCCCUAAGCCGCCGUGACCCCAGACGACGUGAGGAGAUGGGUGGGCGGGAGUAAGACGGGGUCACUCAGGUCACGCCCCCGCCAUACCCCCGCGACGGUGUUGUCACAGGUGUGUGUCAUCACCUGCCGACACUAGUUACCCUACUGGAGACUUUACUGCUGCCUCUCUUGGUUCCUGGGUGUGUGAGGCGGCCGCUGUCCCUCACACUGACGGCAACAGACAGGCGGCACCGCCCCUGCAUUCCCACCACACCUCCCUGGUCCACUGCCUCGUGACGCUCUUCGUCUCUACUCUCUUCUUUACCAAGUUUUCAUCGUCGUCCCUCGCUUGACAGCCUUACAGACGACCCUCAGCUGACCUGCAGGUGGGAUGCGGGGAGGCCAGGCAGGGCACGCCCACCCUCCGCCCCACAGCUCGUCCUCGGGCUACUGUUCAGCCCGAGGACAACCUUCGGGCGGGGCAGCGUGGGAGGCCCCUGGCUGCCCUACACCAUCAGGAGAAGAUAACCUUCAUGUCUACACAUAAACCUCACUACCAUAGGCAAGACUCGAGAUUCCUCUCUGUUGUGUCGUCUUAGAGCAUUCCAGGUCCGUAGACGGUGACUUACGAGAGGGAUUCCUAUGUUGAAGACGUUGAUGAUGACUGUCCCGCCCAGGUGCCGCAGGUGUCGGCGGCCCGCCAGGUUCCCAUAGUUUAAGAUUCAUUGUUGACACCUGUAAACUAAUAUAUCGUGAAUGAAGACAUCAUAUACAUCAGUGUCCAAUUGUCUCACUCAUUAGCGGACUGUAAAUAAUACUUCAUUAGCACGUGAUGUAUAUAUAAUUCGUGGAGUGACGUCAUCGUCUCUCAGGUAAGACAGUCUCUCCCCCAGAGAGAGAGACAGAGAGACUGCCCAGAGACCAACACCUGCCGCCCGUGGCCCCGGCACCUCGCUCAUGAAACUCAAUAAUUAGACUUAAGGAUUUUAUACACGGAUGAGUACAAUCUAGUCAGCUUGUUCCUUUGUGAAGGAUCAGUCUCUGGACGGCCUUCUUGUGUGACUGUUACACCGACUCUCCUGCCAGGGAGUCGCUCAUCACCUUCAACUCUCUGCUACAUCAAGUAAGGAAACACUCGGCACCAUCGCUCGAGGACCAGACUAUGGCGGUCAUCUGUCGCCAAACAAUAACACUCCUGGACGGUGUAGCAGACCCCUAAGGUGUUGGUGAGCGACGCCUGCUGGAGAGGCCUUAUGUCCAUUGGUCGCUGCACCAGUAGGACUAAUGUACAUUGGUUGGUCCGGAUGUUAGGCGAAAUGAUCGCUAGUCUCAGCGUAUGGACACAACACAUGUUGCUUUAUGUAUGAAGUUACUGCCAGUUGGUUACUACUAAGGCUUACGGCUGCUGCGGCAACAAACACUCACGUCAUUAAGUUGACAGAAAAGUUUUUUGUUAUUUGAAGGUUUUGUUUGUCAACGGGGCGUGUCAGGUACAGGGCCAGGUGUCCUCCCGUGGCCGGCCUCAUGCUACGGCCUCUCAUCACGGCCUCACACCAUGGCCUCUUGUCAUGGCCUCAGACUAUGACCACUCACCAUGGCCUGACAGGGCCGAGGCACACCUGCCGACCGGCACGCCCGUAGCAGCCUACACACACACACACACACACACACACACACACACACACACACAUAAACAAACACACACGCACACACACAAAUACACACACACACACACACACACAAAUACACACACACACACUUAAUGUAUCAUGUUUUACGAGUGGUUUUUCUACAGUGUAUAAAGGAAUUUGUAUAUGAUUGUAUCACGUCUUGUACAUGUCUGUCACGUCACCCUUGACCUACCGUAGACUAGUCAGUAACUACACGUAUACAGUAGAUGCCGCUAAGGGACCGUAACCUACCCGCCGGGCGCGUGUGAAGCAGCGGCCUGGCGGGAGACCUGUUACUCUUGUUGUUGAUGUUAACACGGACGCUGGUCCCCAUAUUUUCUAUAGAGUAGAGUGUUCGGGGGAUACUAUAGUGCAUCUCUAAAAAAAUAAUAAUCAUAAUAAUAAUCCCUCGUGUUGUUGUGGUGAGUGUGUGUGUUUGUAGGGUCACCAGCUUCCUGUCGUCACCGCCCCUCUUGGUGAACUCCCCUCUGUCAUCUCGUGAAGACUAUCGUAUGUGUUGACCUUUAGUGAAUCCUACGUCCGUUCGUCCCCUUGACACUGGGUAAAUAACAUAACUACGUAGGGAAUGUUAUAUAAUAAACUUGUAUCAACCA